AUGACCUCUACGUCUCGUACUCCAUAUAACGCUCAAACCCCCACCGAAACGUACUUCGGGUCCGAUAUACCUCUUGCUCAGUUUGACGAUGCUGACGUCCCUUCCAUUGCGCCACACGAGUCUUUUUCGCGAGCCAGUCAUUUGGAUACCAUUCGUUCGAGAUGGAGAUCAUUUUCGUCGCAAUGUGUGGAAACAUUUCAGAACAACACGGGCCUGCUCCUUAUUGCGUGUUCUCAAGCAUUUGGUUCCACGAUGAGUGUCUUGGUCAAGAAGCUUAACAGCGUGGAUCCCCCGGUCCAUAUCCUUGAGCUUAUCUUUGUUCGCAUGACGAUAACAUGGAUAGUCUGCGUGAGCUAUAUGUCGAUCACGAAGGUGCCAGACCCGAUCUUGGGUCCCAAGGGUGUUCGAUUGCUGCUCGCUUUUAGAGGAGUUAGUGGUUUCACGGGACUUUUCGGGUCGUAUUAUUCGCUUCAGUAUCUAUCACUGUCGGAUUCGACCGUACUUCAAUUCCUUGCACCAAUGUGUACAGCCAUUGUCGGCGCGCUUGUACUUAAGGAAGAGUUCAGGCGUAGUCAAGCUGUUGCUAGCCUUUGUAGUCUUGUUGGAGUUAUCUUGAUCGCACGUCCGACAAUCUUAUUUGGCGGUGGAUCAACUGAUAUCGCGUCAGAUCCUGAUGUUAUACUAGACAGCCGCAGUCCCAGCGUUAUCGUUGCGUCGUCGGUAACGCCCGCCCAAAGGUUGAGUGCAGUCAGUGUGGCUUUACUCGGUGUUUUGGGCGCAACAGGAGCCUAUACGUCUAUCCGGGCGAUUGGCAAGCGUGCGCACCCGAUGCACAAUAUCGUCGGAUUUUCAACACAAUGUGUUGUCUCCUCUUUAACAGCCAUGUUGAUCAUUCGACCACACAUCGUGAUGCCAACUAGGUUAGACUGGUUGUUCAUGCUAUUUGGUAUAGGUAUCUGUGGAUUUAUGGGGCAGAUUCUGAUGACCAUGGGACUGCAGCGAGAAACUGCUGGGCGUGGAACUAUGGCUGUCUAUGUUCAGAUCAUAUUUGCGACAAUCAAUGACAUCGUUUUUUUCCACUCAACGCCCUCUAUUCUUUCCUUGAUUGGCACGGUGAUUAUCAUGACAUCCGCCAUCUAUGUCGCUAUCACGAAAGAGAACACCACCGCGCUUAAAAAAUAUGGGAGUGUUAUUGGGGCUCCGGGAGAUACGCUGUUGGAAGAAGGUCUACUUGCUGAUCAGGAAUCGGAUUUAGAACCGCCAGAAGAAACGCAACCUUCUAGCGACGUAAAGAGAGAAGUUGAUGGUCCGGACAAAUCGUCAUAG